GACAGCAAAGUUUUUCCAGAUUUUAAUAGCUUAAAAUUCUGAGGAGCAACUAUGUGGCCACCAAGUUUAAAGCCCAGCCCAAGCUCCUGCCAUCCCACCCCACAGUGCUGCAGGAUGAGCGCCCAGGAGACCUUCGCUUAGGGAUGCACCCAGAGAAUUGGCCAUCGGUGUAUGACCGAGGUUCGUCCAGUGGGUAAACACCUUGUGCCUCUCAAACAUGUCUUCAACGUUCACGGUGUUGAGACCAGUCCUCCGUGCUGCCCGCCCCAGUGGGGCCAAGCAUGGCGUUAUGGUGGGGUGGGUGUUUGACCUGUGGUGGGGUCAAACUAAUGCAAGGCCAAGCGGGCAGACGCCUCACCCAUGGGCUCACCGGCACCCAUGGGCAGGGCAGCCCCUCCAACGACUGGCCGCGGGCAGCGGUCACCCACCGGUACCGACUGCUCGCCCCACGCCGCCAUUUCAUGACAGCUCUGCCUCAUGUCACCUGGCCUGGCCUGGCCUCCCCUCUCCCUGCCCACUGCCCUGUGUGGCCAGGUGCCCCCAGCUUGCUGUGGAGUGCCCCUCCACAAGGGGGCGGCCCAGCCACUGGAGCAGAGGAGUAGGGACUGCCCUUGACUGCCCUCCUUGGCUCUGCUCGGUCCUGUUCCUUCUGCUCCCGGUGCCUUGUGCCCUCCCGUCCCUCUGCCCGCCUCUGGGCACAAUGUCUCUCUCUCUCCUUCCCCCAGCCACUCACUGCCUGGUGAAUAAUUCAGCAGGGUUUUGUGCACGCUGUACGCUGUCCACCUUGUGGAGUGACCGCUGGUUCUGGGCUUAGUCUGCCAGCCGCCUGAGGGGUUCUCGCCUGGCUGGGCAGGGAGGAGGAAGAGGAGAGGUAGGAUAAAGUAUCCAGAGGGAACUGGCGUGAUAGAGGCAAGUCACUUUCCAGGACAGCAAAGCCAGAGGAUAAUGACCCUGGGGGGCUAUGAGUCCGAAGCUAUCCCAGUCCAUUAUUUCCCUGCUGCUUGGGAUCCACUUCCGUGUGAUGUUUUGUUGCAUGGGUGAGUGCAAUCUGUGUGAACCUCCUGUGCACCAGGGAGUAGCAAGACCUGGUUGCCUAGGAGGAGCUGCUCUUUGAGAGGCAAAGCAGAGCCGUGCUGGAAACCCAGGGGAGGCUGAGAUCCCUCCCCACAGCUGCCAGCUCCCUCCUUUGCCUCCUGGAGGUGGGCCCUCCUGCCGCGGCCCUGCUGUGGCAGUUCUCAGGGUGGAGCUGAGAGGGGUGCUCAGGCAGGAGCCCUCUCCCAAAUAAACAGGUACAGGCAGUGCUCCAUGGUGGAUUUGGCUACACAGCAGGUUCUGGGCUACCGAGCAUGACUAGUCCUGGCACAAAGGCAUCGUUCCUCUCGCAGCCGAUGGUGAAGAGUGUGCUGGUGUAUCGCAAUGGGGAUCCUUUCUUCCCGGGGCGCCGCAUUGUCAUCAAUGAGAAGAAAGUGUCCAACUUUGAGGUCUUCCUGAAAGAAGUGACAGGUGGGGUGAAGGCACCCUUUGGAGCCGUACGUAACAUCUAUACCCCCCGGGCUGGGCAUCGUGUCCGGCAGCUGGAGGAGCUUCAGAGUGGAGAGCAGUAUGUGGCUGGUGGCAGGGAAGCCUUCAAGAAACUGAACUAUUUGGACAUAGGAGAAACAAAGAAAAAACCUGCUGAAGUCAACAAUGAGCAGUCAACAGUGGAAGAUGUCAAGCCAGUUACUCAUAGUAGAAUUACUGCAUCAGCGCGGUUUCGAAAGCCACUCCAGGAGCCCUACACUAUUUUCCUGAUUGCUAAUGGAGAUCUAAUUAGCCCUGUAGUGCGACUCCUUAUUCCCAGGAAAACACUGAAUCACUGGGACCAUAUUCUCGAAAUGGUUACAGCAAAAGUUACCCUCAGAAGUGGAGCUGUUCACAGACUUUACAGUUUAGAUGGAAAACUUGUUCAGGAUGGGUCAGAUUUGGAGAAUGGGCAAUUUUAUGUUGCAGUGGGUAGAGAAAAGUUUAAGAAGUUGCCAUACGGUGAUCUGCUGUUUAGCAAAUCUACAAUAAGAAGGCCACAGGGUUCCAAAGCAUCUGUACUACCUCCAAUUGUGGGAUCUCGAAAAUCUAAAGGCAGUGGAAAUGAUCGGCAGUCUAAAUCUACCGUUGGAUCCAGUGAUCCUGGAGAGAACAAUUGCUCACCUCAGCCUCCAAAAGGGAAGGACAAGAAAUGCCAUAAUCCAGAGGAUUCUGUGUCUAGAGGACACUUUUCUAACAAGUCUACAAAAGUAAAACAAACAAUAAGAGUAGCAGCCUCCACAGGAGUCCUUCAAGAUAAUGGUGACAGGAUUUACAAAGUUAGAGAAGAGCAGUCUGAAAUGUGGGGGGCAGCUGAAGUGCAGGAAGAUGAAGACACUCACGUAGAAGUUCCUCUGGACCAGAGGCCAGCAGAAACUGUAGAUGAAGAGGAAAAUGCAGAAGAGGAAGAUGACAGGGAAGAGGAGGAGGCAUAUAAACUAAAGGAAGAAUAUCCAGAAAUGAAUGGAGAGGAAAGCAGGGAAAUUGUUAAAAAAAGAAAUAAAGUGGAAGAAAAUAAGAAGAAAUUAAAUGGGAAUUAUAAACACGUCACAGAAGAAACAGAGAAUGUUGACCAAGCAGAGGAAGAGGAACUCACCCAUUUAAAUUCCAAGACAAAUGAGGAAAAUGGUGAGGGAAUUGAGCAGUUGAACAGCCAAGGUAAUUUUCAGUCUAAAGAGGACAUAAAAGAAAAGGAGUAUUUUGACAGUCAGAACCAGGUUGAUUCCCAUAUUGAAAAAAAAUCCACAAAUCCGAGGGUGACAAUCACCAGUCCACAGGAAAAUGGAAAAAAGGACCAGAACAAUGACUAUGCUGCAGUUGCAUAG